AUGUCUAUUAACCCCGCAGAUUACGUCAAAAGCUUUUCGAUAGCGCUGAUAUCGGAGCUUAGUGAAAGUAUAGCUCGCAAGCGCGAAAUCGCGGUAACACGUCAAAAUGAACUUCAACAAGCUCGCUCUCUUGCCGCCGCUAGCGAGAUCCAAUCCAAAAGCGAGCCUAUUAUUGUCCAUCUUGGUGGCGAUUAUUAUGCUUCGUUACCACCCCAAGAAGCUUUGGCAUCUCUAGAUCGCAUGAUAUCAACUCAUCAAUCACACAUUGAUCGUUAUGAUAAACAGCUUGAUUCUGCUCAACGCGCCACAGUUGAUUUACAACGGAUAGCUGACGAGGUUGAAGCUCAAGAAGAACAAGAUCGUAAAGAUCCACUACCGAAAACAGUCAGCGAUGCCCUUUCCAGCGGUGCAAUUGUUGAUGCUAUUGGAGAUGAUCCAUUUAUGACCGAAGAUGGUCUUCCCAUUAUGGAGAUUGUUGAAGAGUUAGAUGAUGAUGAUAACAUUACAUCAACGCAAGUGCGCCCCCAGAAAUCGCUCGAACUGGCUCAGUUCGCUAAUGAUAAGCUUGCUAGUUUACUAGAAAACCGUGACGAUUUGUUACUAGGAAGCCAACAGCAACAACCCAAUGCUGAGAUGAUAGAGGGUAAGGUAGUUUUUGGCCCUGUUAAACCCGAUUGGAUGAUAGAAGGCAAAGAAAAUCCAUAUGCUCGACGUCGAAUUAAAGCUGGAGUUCCCGGUAAAAGCCAAGUGGCUGAUAAACCGGCUAAAAGUAUAGAGCUUACAAAAGAUCAACCACAAGUUGAAGUCCCAGUCAAAGACACCUUCAAAGCUUUAGUCGAACCCCCUAUUAAACCAGCCGAGUCAUCUGAAAGUGACGCAGAAACAGAUUUAUCUGCAGCAGAAACAGAUUCGUCAGUUAGUCAAGCUCCUGAUGACGUGCCCUACAAUGCCGAAGAAGCAGCCAUUCCUAGAUCGGAUCUACUUGAGCUCGAAAUUAUUGCCAACGAUCUUGAUGAUGAAUCUGAUUUUGAUGGUGGAGAUGUGCAAAUUUACGAUGAUAACGAACAUGACUAUGACAACGACGAUGACGAGGAAGAUGAAGAUGAAGAUGAAGACGAGUUUGGUAGAACUAGAGGCACUCUUUUCCCCAUGUCUAUGGCCACACGUAUUCAAGAAGAACUAAACAGAGUUCGUGGCCAGACUACUACGGUUGAGACUACCAAAGAUAUUGAGGUCUCUGGAGAAGAAGAAGAAGUUGAAGAAACUCAUGAAAAGAAGAAGGAGGUACGGUUCAGCGAGGUUAUUUCUGUUAAGCGCUUUGAUAAGAACCCACCAAAAAAGAAGCCUGCACAUUCUUCUGGUAUGAUUUCGACGCAAACCAACUUUGAACCUCUCAACGAUGCUGACACUUUUGAGACUGAUGCACCUACUCAUCCUCGCAUUGUGCCUCGUGUUACUCCCAGAGCAGCCAUUGUUACGCGCACUGGGCCUCCGGCACCAACUUCUUCUAUUUACACGGCCUCGCGAACUCAGCCUUCUAUUGUGCAAGCGCGUAUAGGUCCCCAACCACCAAAGAAACCGGUACAUGCAAAUACAACUACAACUACUACCAGUGAUUCGGAAAAACCCGCACGGGUGUCGCGGUUCAAGAGUGAGCGAGCCGCCGCGGGUAUCAAUUUUUUUCCCAAGCCGCACAUUCCUGAUCCGGCGGCUACAGCUGCUGCACUAGCUGUUGCAGCAAAACCUAAAAAGUCAGACACUUCGUUUUCACCUGUAAGCUUUACAGUCAUUGAACGUGAACCUACUAUUGUUGAAAGACAUAAAAGUGAACCUAGCGAGUUAAAUCUCAGUUUGAAAAAAACAUUACAAACUGCCGACCACAAGGGGACUUUAAAGCAUUUGCAAGUGGAAGAAAAAAAAGCUGCUGCCACAAAAGCGAAACCUCUAAACAAGGCUCCUAGUACGUUAAAGACAUUUUCGAAUGCACAGAUAGUGAAGACUGCCGCUGCUAAGGCUGAGCCUCUUAAACCUGCACCUAAAACAUCAGUUGUUAAAACUGCAACUCUCAAAACUUCUCCAACAAAAUCAUCAUCUAUAAAGAAUUCUUCUCCUAAAGUUUUGCAGACAACCAUUACUCCUGCUAAGACCACUCCAGUUGCCCCUAAAGUCCCAUCAGGGCCUUCUAAGUCGAAUGCCCCCAAUGGAAAGUUCCAACCACUUCCUCCAAAAGCGCGUGCGCCAGCUCGUGAAGUUCCGGCUGCCAAACCACCGGCUGCCAAAGUACCGGCUGCUAAAUCACCGGCUGCCAAAGUACCGGCUUUAAAGAAAAAUACUACACCAGUACCCAUUGUUUCAGAUCCCAAAGACAUUCCCAAGAAAGUAUCAAGGUUUAAGGCGCAAGCCAGCAAAAACAGACCGCCUCAGUUUCCUGUUUCUAGUCGUAUCGAAGAGCUUGAAUCUAAAGUUAUAGAAGACAAGAUUGUGGAGAAAGAGAUUCAGGAAGUUGUGGAAGAGAAAAAAUCCCAAGAAAAGCCUAAAGUUGUUGUGGAAGAAAAUUCACAACAGAUAGAAGAUACCGAGGAUGGCAUAUAUAGCCGUUAUCAAGAAGCUUCUGGAUCUGUAAUCAAUCCCGCUUUAAUUAAUGGGUUACGGUCAAUUAUUCCAGCAGAAGUAUUGAAAAAGGCCAAUGAAUACUACAAAGAAUCGUUGAUGACGGAAGAAGACUUCAUCAAGGCACAUCUUGGAGAGCAGACCAAAGAAGAAGAGGAAAAGAUGAAAGAGCAAACAGAGAAAGAAGAAAAAAAGCGAAAAGAAGAAGAAAAAAAGGAAAAAGCACGUCCAGUAUUGGCGCAGACUCUUGUUGAGCGAGAAACUGCGCCCGAAAUUGAUGCACGAGGCAUGGGCUAUCUUCCUGACCACUUGAUAAAAGCUAAAAAGAAUGGUGUUGCCAAGAAUGAUGAUAAAGAAGAUGAAGAUGAUAUUGAUUACGAUGACGAAGAGGAUGAGGAUGAUGGUGAUGAUGAUGAUGAUGAUGAUGAUGAUGAUAACCAAACCUAUUCAGUGAGCCGGCGAGAACUCAUGGAAGAAUACCAAAAGGCACGACAGUCGCUCAUUUACUCGACCGGUGGAUUUGGCAAAACACCUGAAGAAUUAGAGAUAGAGCCUGUUGAAGAGGAAGAGGCUCUUGGGGCAAGGAAAAUGAGCCGUUUUAAAAUGGCACGUUUGUCUAACCGCAGAUUUUAG